GCACUUUGUGAUCCUCUGUUUCAACGCUAGUUCAGGUAGCAUGAAAGUUAUCAUAGCUGACAGAGGCAAUGGAUGAAGCCAAUCACUCUGCUGUCUCUGAGUUUGUUUUCCUGGGACUGUCUGAUUCGUGGAAGAUCCAGCUCCUCCUCUUCCUCUUUUCCUCAGUGUUCUAUGUGUCAAGCCUGAUGGGAAACCUGCUUGUGGUGCUGACUGUGACCUCUGACCCUCAUUUACAGACCCCUGUGUACUUCCUGCUGGCCAACCUUUCCAUCAUCGAUUUGGUAUUUUGCUCCUCCAUAGCUCCCAAGAUGAUUUAUGACCUUUUCAGGAAGCACAAAACCAUCUCUUUUUGGGGCUGUGUAGCUCAGAUCUUCUUUAUCCACUCAGCAGGGGGCACAGAGAUGGUGCUGCUCAUAGCCAUGGCUUUUGACCGAUAUGUGGCUAUAUGUAAGCCUCUCCACUACCUGACCAUCAUGAGCCCACAAAGGUGCAUUUUGUUUUUAGUCAUUUCCUGGAUUAUAGGUAUUAUUCACUCAGUGAUUCAGUUGGCUUUUGUUGUAGACCUGCCUUUCUGUGGCCCUAAUAAAUUAGAUAGUUUCUUUUGUGAUUUUCCUCGAUUUAUCAAACUGGCUUGCAUAGAGACCUAUACAUUGGGAUUCAUGGUUACUGCCAAUAGUGGAUUUAUUUCUCUGGCUUCCUUUUUAAUUCUCAUAAUGUCUUACAUCUUUAUUUCGGUGACUGUUCAGAAAAAAUCUUCAGGUGGUAUAUUCAAGGCUCUCUCUACACUGUCAGCUCAUGUCAUUGUGGUGAUUUUGUUCUUUGGGCCAUUAUUCUUUUUCUAUAUUUUUCCAUUUCCCACAUCACAUCUGGAUAAAUUUCUUGCCAUCUUUGAUGCAGUUAUCACUCCUGUUUUGAAUCCAGUCAUCUAUACUUUUAGGAAUAAAGAGAUGAAGGUGGCAAUGAGAAGACUAUGUUCUCAAUUGGUGAAUUAUAGUAAAGUCUCUUAAAUGUAUUUAGAAUCUACAAAAAGGCAAAUUAUAAUUGGAUUUUAGACAGAUAUGUGCUAAGUAAGCUAUGGUUAAUUUAACUCGAAUAUCACCUUCUACUAAUAUUUGUUGUGUUGUCUUUUUUUCCCCAAAUUUAAUCUUGAUACCAAUCUCUUGACUACUUAUAUAAGAGAUAUAAAAAUUAAAGAGUGUGGCUACUUUAUCUCACCAACAUCUUACUCUAUAUA